AAUAUUAAAUAAUAGAAAAGAGAAUCAGCCGAAAAAUGGAUGGUUAUGUUUUUGGUCGAAAAUGGUCUCACCCAUUAAAAGACAUCACAACACUAAAAACAAGUCUGCUUAGUGCUUAGAUAUAAAUUAAUUGGUAAGACUAAAUAUGAGUGAGUACCAGGAAAAUAUUAAAUACUUAAUCCAAAGGCCAAAAACACCGGUGAUCAAACCCCCGAUGCAUCGUUCAAUCUUUAACAAUUCGAUACAGAGAGAAUUCAAAUUAAAUAGGGGGUGUCACCAAACUAUGGGCUAUGCUGAAGUCAAAGUCAAUAAACCAUCCGAGUUUUUAAAAAAAAAUACCAGAAAAGUGAUUAGACCAUUUGUCGAAAAUACUAAAAAAACUAUCAAAAAUCCAGUUCACUGUCCGUGUUACCCUAAUAAUAAUAAACCGUCACCAAAAAAAAAAAUCUUGAGGAAUUUUCUGAGUGAAAACGUUGUUGACGUGGUAAGAAAGGUACCACCGUGCCCAAAACAUCGAGUACAAGACAGUCGAAACGGACACAUAAUAGUUCUGAACGAAGCCGGCCUAGAGCCUUCGUACGUAUUUAAGAAGGAUUUUGGCAAAUUACCUUUAUAUAUAGAGAAAACUCUAAAAAAAAACGAAACUAUCAGGCUGGUAGAGAUCGAACGGAUAAAGGCGAUCAAACCGCCUUUGCGUCGUUUGCCCGAAGAUGAACGUUAUGAGUUAUUAACAGGACUAAAAGCGAAUUGGGCUGAAUUGACCAGACAAUUUUUAUUAUUGCCGAUUCUGACGGAUUCAGUGACGAAAAUCAAUCGGAAAACCUUUAUGGAAAAUCAAUUGGGAAACUUGGAAAAAGAUAUUACCUUGUUGGAAAAGUACCCAGCCUUAUACGUGUGUGAUGAUGACGCGUAGGCUGAGUCGUAUCUAUCAUGGAUAUAUUUUAUACUUAUUAGGUAAACUUACAUAGAGUUACCUACCUAUAUCUUUUACGAAUUGACAUAUUCGUUUUGUUGUCAGUUAUAGUAGUAUGUAUAUACUGCAAUUCACUUACUGCACGAUAUCGUACUUAUCUUUAAUUUUGUAACUUGGUUAUAAAUAAUAUAUGCGAAUCCGGAAACAAUGAUUAUACCUUAUGUUUAUA